CUUCCCGAACCCGAACCCGCACCCGCCUCGCUCGCACGCUGCCUCCUCCUCGUCGUCCUCCUCCUCCUCGCUGCUCCGCAAGUCCGCAUCGCCUCCCCCCUCGAUCCCAUCUCGGAUCGCCGCCGCCGCAGCAGCAGCCGGGUGGGGCUGCGCUUGGCGGGAGGGAGGGGAGGGUAUAGGAUAGGGGAGAUGGGCGGGGCGGUCUCCGGCGGCGGCGCGGGGGCGGCGGGGGCGGGGGCGGGGGCGGAGGGGGAAGGGGCGUACACGGUGGUGCUGAAUGUGUACGACCUCACGCCGCUCAACAACUACCUCCACUGGUGCGGCCUCGGGAUCUUCCACUCCGCCGUCGAGGUCCAUGGAUCGGAGUACAGUUUUGGAGCUCAUGAUCACCCAACGAGUGGGGUUUUUGAGGUGGAACCAAAGUGCUGCCCAGGGUUCAUGUACAGAUGUUCAAUUUUCAUAGGCCGUACGAGUUUGAAUCCCUUAGAAUUUCGAGAUUUCAUUCAGAGAAUGGCUUCAGAAUACCAUGGAGAUACUUAUCACCUCAUUUCCAAAAACUGUAACCACUUUACGGAUGAUCUCAGUACCAGAUUGACAGGAAAACCGAUUCCUGGCUGGGUUAACCGACCUGCGAAGCUAGGUGCCUUUUGCAACUGCCUUCUGCCAGAAAGCAUGCGGUUGGAGUCAACUGGGACAAAGCACCUCGCGGACUGUCAUUUCUCAGAUGAUUCCCGCACAUCCAGCAAUGAGCAUUUUGAAGAUGAAGAUCUUGAAGACAAGCACCUGCUUUCACAAUCUUCUGUUUCUGAAGAUGCAAUUGUAAAGGAAGUUCACAGGUGACAAACUGCUGAGGCUAUACAGAAUAAUUUGGUGUGUAGUUUGUCAUUCAUUUUGUACAUUGUAAUUCUGUAUUCCAAAAUUUAGUGCGCUCUUUGUAUUCUAAGUUGAUAUUCAUAUUAUUGUGGCCGGUUUAUUGUCAUGAUUAAUUUUGUUCAUUCCAUUUGUACAAACACUGUAAUACCCUACCUACUGAGGCUCCUUAUAGGUAGUCUGGAAGUCACUCUGCAUGUGUACUCUUAAGUCUUAAAUUCGUUUCUUGUAAAAAUGUGAGUUCAAAGAGCGAGUUGAUCCCGAUGACUGCGACGUAUUGUCAGUGAACUGUGCA